AUGGACCCGGAAAAUCGAGUCAUUCUUAAUGUUGGUGGUUUUCGACAUGAGACUUACAAAGCGACACUGAAAAAAAUUCCAGCCACUCGACUUUCCAGACUUACAGAAGCACUGGCUAACUACGAUCCCCUCCUCAACGAGUACUUUUUUGAUCGACAUCCAGGAGUAUUCGCUCAAAUCCUAAAUUACUACCGAACUGGAAAACUACAUUACCCAACCGAUGUCUGCGGGCCUUUGUUUGAAGAAGAAUUGGAAUUUUGGGGCUUAGACUCCAAUCAAGCAAAUGCCUCUGCAAAUUAG